UCAGAAGGAACAGAAAGUGUGAUUGGGAGUGAGGUGAUGCCUUUAGACUAUGGGAGCAUGGACUCGGAGAGUAGUCCAUCCCCAUCUAGUUUGGAGAAGACGGUGGAGGGGAUGAGAGGGGAUGAGGUGGUGGAGGUUGGGGGGAACGAGGUGGUAGGGGUUGAGGGAGAUAGCAUACCCAUCACGGUAGUAGAAGUAGAGGGUAGAGGGGAGAGAGAUUAUGAUGGGAAUGCAAAGAUAGUGGAGGAGGUGAAGCAGUACCGAUCUGAACUAAGGACCAGGGAUAGCCUGGGUCACUUAGUAGAAACGUACGAGAUCUCUUCCCGAGUGUUAGUUAGGCCAGCUGGAGUAGAGGAGAGGGCGUGCUCUACUCCUCGGGAUCACUGGAUGCCUGUGUAUUCCCACUAUUUGAUAGCGGGACUUAGGUUUCCACUUCCUGAGUUGCUAAUAGGUUUAUUGCUAGAUUACAACAUAGGGUUGACACAGUUGGUCCCCAACGCAAUGAGGGUAAUAAUAUGUUUUUUACUUUAUUGCCGAGCUCAGGGGAUUAGUGUGCCAACUGUAAAUAUGGGGGCUAGGUGGUUUAUCAACAGCACCUUCCCCGAAAUGGACAAACGCAACGCGCGGGAGGAGGCUCUGAGGUACGGAGGAGCAUCUGUUGUGAAGCAAGUUCUUGAGAGCACGAGUUGGGUGAAUGGUCUAGCCCAGCAGUUCAGGGAGAGUACGAGGGAGCGCGCACUCUUGCAGAGGCAGUGUGACCAGCUGCAGAAGGAGAAGGAUGAGCUGGAGAAGAAAAAUAAAGAUCUGCAAGAGUCGUUGGACGAGGUGGUUCCAACUGCUGGAGCAGGAGAGCUGACGAAGGAGGCUUUCUUGGAGCUGAAGGGGAAUGUGCAGACCUUGGUGCACAAUUGGAUGAAGGAGCACAUCAGCAACUUCAUCAGCUCCAGCUCGUUUGACAACAUCGUCAACUUAUACCGGCUACCUACUGCCAUCAUUGCAUUCACGGACUGCAGGAAGAAGGUGAAGGCAGAAUAUCCCAAAGUGGAUAUUACGAAGAUCACCUUCGGAGAGCAAGAAGAAGGAGUGGAGGAAGAUGGUGAGAGAAUAUCAGCAGACCUCCGUCCUCAGAUCAAACUGAGGUGGGAGGAUGAUGCAAACGGACGUGCUGUUUUCCCUCCACAGUUCGACUUCGAGUUAGUGGCAGUGGAGGAAGAAGGGGCAGAGGUAGAGGAAGACAAGAUGGAGGCAGGAGCGGGGGGAGCAGAAGUGGACAAGUGCCAACCAAUUCUAGAAGUGGAGAUUCAUCCAGUUCCCUCUGACGAUGAGCGGCCUCUUCUGCCAAACCAACAGCAGCCAACACAGCCACCUUCGCCAGCUGAGCAGGAGCCAGCGGAGCUACCUUUCCCACAAGAAAAAUAAUUUUGUUUGUUUUUUAAUUUUUUGUAAAGACAUUUAAACAGUUUGUAAUACUUAUAUUAUUUUGAAUGAAAGUUUAUUCUUGAAAUUAUGUGUUUAUUUGUGUUUGCCUGUUUGUUAUUGUAUAUUGAUAGAAGAACUGAGACUACUUUAAAAAGAAAGUUAAUAAAAAGAAGUUAAUCAC